UUCGGGAGCAGGUAGGCGGGUACGCCGCGGUCCCGGGGCUGGACGCCAGUCCCCGGCUCUGAGGACUCAGAACCGCACAUUCUAAUUCCCUGGGCCCCGAUCCGAAACCUGAGACGUCGGUCGGCUCUGUUUCCCGCUCACAGACACCCUUGACACUCUGCAUCAUCAUGGUGACCCAGUGUGGCCUACUCACCAACAAAAAGGGGCCAGUGGCGCUGAAGAGUAUCUCUGUGAGCCUGUCCAUUCGUGAGUUUGUGGCUGGUGUGUCUGCAACUCUAAACUAUGAGAAUGAGCAGAAAGUUCCUUUGGAGGCCUUCUUUGUCUUCCCCAUGGAUGAAGACUCUGCUGUCUACAGCUUUGAAGCCUUGGUAGAUGGAAAACAAAUUGUAGCAGAAUUACAGGAUAGGAUAAAGGCCCGUGAAAACUAUGAGACUGCCAUCUCCCAGGGCCACCAGGCCUUCUUAUUGGAGGAGGAUAUGAGCUCCAGGGAUGUCUUCUCUUGCAAUGUGGGGAACCUCCAACCCGGGUCAAAGGCUGCACUCACCCUGAAGUACGUGCAGGAGCUGUCCCUGGAAGCGGAUGGCGCCCUGCGCUUUGUGCUGCCAGCUGUGCUGAACCCUAGAUACCAGCUCUCUGGAAGUUCUCAGGACAGCUGCCUUAAUAAGGGACCUGUAGUGCCUUUGGAGGACCUGCCCUACACACUCAGUAUGGUUGCCACCAUCAAUUCCCAGCAUAGCAUCGAGAAAGUGCAAUCCAACUGCGCCUUCAGUCCUCUUCAGUACCUUGGAGAUGAUAAGACUUCUGCUCAGAUUUCCCUGGCUGAUGGCCACAAGUAUGAUCGGGAUGUGGAGCUUCUGAUUUACUACAUCAAAGUGCACACCCCCAGUGUAGCUGUGGAGAUGGGGAUGCCUGAUCUCGGCCCAGAUAAUUUGCUCGGACAGCCAUCUGCAAUGGUGAGUUUCUAUCCAGAGAUCACAGAAGACCAGCCGUCUACUACCUGCGGAGAAUUCAUCUUCCUCAUGGACCGCUCAGGCAGUAUGGAGACCCCCAUGAGCGGCCAGGGCAUAGCUCAGCAGCGUAUAGAGGCGGCCAAGGAAACACUGAUUUUGCUGCUGAAGAGUUUACCCAUAGGCUGUUAUUUCAACAUCUAUGGAUUCGGCUCUACCUAUGAGGCAUUCUUUGAGCAAAGUGUGAAGUACUCGCAGCAGACAAUGACGGAGGCCCUGGAGAGGGUGAGGCUUAUGCGGGCAGACCUAGGAGGCACUGAAAUCUUGGCACCACUCCAGAACAUUUACAGGGUGCCCUCCAUCUCGGGCCACCCCCUGCAGCUUUUCGUCUUCACAGAUGGAGAAGUUAAUGACACAUACAGUGUAAUUAAAGAAGUUGGAAUGAAUAAGCAUAAACACAGGUGUUUCUCUUUUGGUAUUGGAGAAGGUGCCUCCACCAGCCUAAUAAAAGGCAUUGCCCAGGCGUCAAGAGGCACGGCAGAAUUUAUCACAGGCAGGGAGAGGAUGCAGUCCAAGGCUCUUAGGACCCUGAAGAAUUCUCUGCAGCCUGCGGUGGAGGACUUAUCUGUGAGCUGGGAUUUGCCUGCUGGUCUGUCUGCUAAAGUGCUUUCCCCAGAACAGACUAUCAUCUUUAAGGGUCAGAGGUUAAUCAUCUACGCCCAGUUGUCUGGAGUGAUGCCAGCAGCAGAGACAACAGGACACGUUUGCCUCAAGUAUGCAUUCCACGGCAAGCAUUGCGAGGAUAAGGUGACAUUCUCUUUACAACCCAAGACUGAUGCCAACCUCACCAUUCACCGCCUUGCUGCCAAGGCCUUUAUCCAGAGCAUGGACCUGGGUUUCAUGGAGACACCAGCAAGUUACAGAAAAGAAGUGUUGAACACCAGCCUUGAGACUGGUGUCAUUAGCUCCUUCACAGCUUUCAUUGCCAUCAACAAGGAGCUCAACCAGCCAGUUCAGGGGCCCUUGUCUCAAAUGGACAUUCCAAGGCCAGUUCUGCUGCCCCGUCUCCGUGGAGGUGGAGUAAGCCCAGCCCAAGCUUCUGGUUUCAACCCAUUGAUGAUGCACACCCUUUAUAACCCACAAUAUAAUACGCCGCAGAUUCAGUCUUCCCGUCCUCUUCAUGCAAAGUAUUUAAUGACAACGACUCGUUCUGCCACCAAUAGGAACAAGUUGGGAACUCACCGUACAGCCAAAGCCACUAGGGGGAACGCUGUUAUACAGCUGAUAUCCCUCCAAAAUGCAAAUGGUUCCUGGGAUCCCAAUGAAGAUCUGGCCAAGGCCCUUGACAUGAGUUUGGAAGAUAUGAUGGCUGCACAGCCCAGUGAGCUCGUGGACUCCUUAGGCUGGGCCACCAUCCUGGCAGUGAUCUGGCUGCAUACCAACGCUAAGGACUUGAAGUGUGAGUGGAACCUUCUGGAAAGGAAGGCUGUGACCUGGAUUCGCCGCAGUACAGGCCCCGUCAUGCCAGCGAUUGUGAAAGCUGCUAUUAGCUUCCUGAAGUCACCUGUGGAUCCUGCUAUCUUUGCCAUCUGAGCAUAUCAUCCUGGAAAAGUGCCUCUUGUUGGCUCCUGCCACUUCAUUUACCAUCCCCUUCUGCUGUGAUACGAUUUGGGUCUUACACCUCUUCUGUCAUUUCCUGCCACAAAAGUAAAGGGUGCCCACGUUCCCUUUGCUUGUGAUUUCCCCUUCCUUGCCAUGGUCACUCACUAGUGGUCCUAUUCCCUGUUUUGGAGAAGUUCAAAGCAUUCAUACACACUUUGGUUUCCCGUAGUGACAACAUGAAAAACAGGUGACAUGGAUUUCAGAGCAAAGGCUACACCACUAAUGUUAGGAAAUGCCUGAGUUAGAUAAUUCUCUACAUUACUUUGUCUCUUCACUUUCAAUCUUACACACUUAGAAUGGUAAGGCUGGUACCAUACCAUUCUAAGCUGGUAAGCUUUGAAGUUUUCCAUCCUUAGGAAGAGGCGUUAGAAGGAGGGAGAAAGCCAAACAUUAGGAUCAGUGUAACCUCAAGAUCACAGAGAGACUAAGGGGUCCACUGUGUGAGUUGGCACUGUUGGGGACCUUCUCGAAUAAUUCUGCGUGCCUUUCACUGUUCUUACUGCCUCUGAGACUUGGGUUGAGCUAUACUUGAUGGAGAGGAUUGUUUAUCCUUAAUCAUUAAAUGCCUUAGAGCUCUGUAGAAUGGACUCCUUAGUCCUCAGCUGAAUCUGGGAGACCUCUAAGGCAGGCUCUGAUCUAGUACAAUCAAGGAAGAGGGGGUUUAAUGGCAGCUUUGUUUGAGACCUGAAUCCGGAUCACUUACCACAUGAGGAUGAAAGGAGUUCACAUGAUCACCCCCCACCCUUACAUCUCACACACCAUUCCUAGGGGGGAUGACCCUUCUGGAUGUGCUGCUCUCCAUAACUGUUCUGUUAAUAUUAAACUACUAAUCCUGCA